CAAUGUCAGUCCAUCCAGCCGGUUCCUUGCUCACCCAAGGCUUAUAACCCAAGAACAUACGGACAGCUGCAACUGCAAAUAACCGUCUACCAGCUACUACUUUCGCCUUCACGUCCGCCGACCUUGGUGGUCAGUAAUGAUUCGAAGACAAAGAGCUGUCAAGAGUUGAUUUGGCUGUCCCGUUGUCUCCUGCCAGCAAGCCGCGAUUCCCCGCAUAAAUCGUCUUCGACCUCGACCGGCAAUACAAUACAAUGUCUCUCAACCUUGAGAAACAGCUUUGCUUUUACGGAGCCUACCAUCACAACAGCACCAAUGUAGGCAUACAUAUCGCAUGCGUGCCUCUGAUUUUGGCCGCCAGUCUGCUUCUCGCCACCAAUAGCCCUACCCUGAUCAAUCUGCCCGAUUGGCUUAGCAUUCCGAAUCUCCCUCUCAACCUUGGUACACUCGCUGCGAUCUUCUACGGCGUUUUCUAUAUGCUCCUUGAGCCCGUUGCAGGCAGUAUUCUUCUACCCGCCAUCAUUGGCUGGACCGCGUAUGCGAACCAUCUCACUUCCACAUACGCCUACAAUGUGAACGUGGCUAGUAUCGUUAUUUUUGUCGUUUCAUGGAUUGCCCAGUUCAUCGGACAUGGCGUCUACGAACGCCGUGCCCCGGCCCUCCUGGACAAUCUGUUCCAGGCCCUGGUCCUAGCCCCGUUCUUUGUGUUCAUGGAGCUUCUAUUCAAGAUCGGAUAUAGACCCGAGUUGCGGAAGAGAGUGGAGCUUGCUGUCGAGAAGGAGAUCCAGAAGUUUAAGCUCGAGAAGGCGACCAAUGGAGCUGCUAAGAAAGGGAAGGCAAACUAG